AUCGCCCUCACGGACCUUCUCUUCGCCACCUUCGACUUGAGAUCGAAGACUCAGUGGCUCCUGCAACCGCAAUACAGCCAGGGCAAGAGGGUCGCGCGCACUCUCUGAACCGCUCGCCCAUUUCCUACGCUCCUAUCUCUUCGUCAUCUCUCCCCUCCUCAUCGGCGCCGCCGCAUCGUCUUGUCCACGAUGCUCUCUGCGCCCCAGCCGUAUCCGAGCGUGAGCGCUGCGACGCCCGCUCCGGAUGAUGCGCAGAUCGAAAAGAAGAUGCCCUCCAUCUGCGUCGACUAUCUUUCGCACAAUUGGGCUCAAGAAGAUGUGUGGCAGAGCUGGAAGGCAAUGACGAAGAGGAAAAACGAGAUCGCAAACGGCGUGCGUUUGGAGAAUGCCAGCUGGAGGACAUGGGCUAAGCAGCGAGGCAAUCUCAAGACCAUCAAUCCAGAGACUCUCAACUGGCUCAAAGACAGCGAUGUCACUUGGCUGUACGGUCCUCUGCAUGAGCAUGCCGACCCCGUUCCCCCACCCAAGGUCGCCUCGACGCAAGAUCGUCUGGACCUUGACGACUCCUCGGCCAAGAAGUCGAUCCUCAAGCAUCGCACCAUCGGCGAGAUGCUCACUACGCCGGGACGCGCAGCCUCGCCCGCCGUCGAGGUGCACAUGGACCCCGAAUUUGCGCCUUCCAGAGACGCCUCGCCUCAGGGCAGACCACCAAUAGGGACGACGGUAUCGAUUGCCUCAGUCAAGUCGGAUACCAAUCUGGCCGGCAAGAUACUCAAGGGCGCAAAGGGCAGCCCACCGGCCAGCGCACGCCUUUUGAACCACCCGAGCCUCGAGCGCUCAGAUACGACAACUACUGCUGGGUCAGAGGAGAAGCGUCACAUCAGCUUCAACUCGCGUGUCGAUCAGUGCAUUGCGGUCGACUAUCCAGAGGAGGAGUACGGCUACUCAGAUGGCGAAUAUGACGAUGACGAGGAGGAUGAGGGUACCCAUUCAGACGAGAACACGAGCUCUGGAGAAGAAGGCGACGUUCUCACAAUGAAGUCCAGCCCGAGAAGCGCGAGUCAGGCGAGUCUGUCCAGCCGCCAGUCGAGUCCAUCGAGCGAGCAUCAAGCCAUCAUCGCCAAGCUUGCGCCCACUCGUCUCAAGACGAGCGACACCUACCCUGCUCCCUCGCCCGCAGUCGUCGAUCCCUCUGGCUUCACGACGAUGCCGCAUCAGCAGCAGAAUGGCAGCGCAGCACCUGCGACGUCGAUCGUGGGCGGAGGCUCGGCACUCAAGGUCUCUUCGCAGCCUCACGUCGCUGAGGAGCGUAGCAUGUGGGAUGACGACCAGCCAGGAUCGGUCGACUACUUCAAUGCGCCUUACCUCUCAGACCGCGGCACGGGAGGAGGGAAUGAGUCGGGGUCAAUCGUCACGUCGCAGGCGGGUGCUGGAGGGAGGGAGCGCAGCAGCUCGAUUUCAAGCGAAGGAGACAUUGACAUUCGCCAGCAGUCCUCGAGCGACAGCGGCUCUGCUGUGGGCUCAUCAGGCUCGUCUUCGGGCGGUGUACCAGCGCAGCCUCGCAGUAUUCUGAAGAGGCGCAAUUCGCAGCAGCCGCAAGAUUCCGUGCCGAAGGACGAGGUGGCAUCCAAGCCUCCGGGCUCUUCGUCUGCCUUUCUUGCCAGCAACACAGACGGCGGUAAUGACGGCGGCGUAGUAUCAGCCGCUGGAGCCGGCUCAGCAGCAGCAGCAGGUGCAGCAGCGAUUGCUGCAUCUGGCGCGGGAUCGUCUUCGUACGGGGGCGGGUCCUCUUCGGCCUUGGCGACAUCGUACGACUCUUCGGACUCGCAAGACGACGCAGCUGAGGAGAAGGGGCGUGGUCGCACGUCGCAGCGACUCGGCUCGUCGGCCAGCUACGAGCGUAUUCAGGAGGCGGCGCGUAAGUCCUCGACGGGGGGCAGCACAAGCAGGGGCAGUAGCGUCGCGAGCAGCAGCACGAGUCCUUCGGGAAGUCAGCAGCGGACGUACCACAACGCGUCUGACAAUCUUGGCAGCGGCGGUGGAAGCUUUGGUGCGCGUCGCGCUAGCAUGAGCAGCGACGACGAUGCGAGCAGCGUGGGGAGCAGCAGCCAUGCGUCGACCAAGAGGAAAGGCUCCUCCUCCUCACUACGUGGCAGUGGCGCCAACAAGGACCAGCAGUCCGGCUCAUCAAAAGGGCUCCCUCCGGCCGGCUCGCAGCGGCUGAGUGUUGAUCUCGACAACUUGCCGAGCAAUGACCCAGCCUCUCAUAAGUCUGGGACCCAGUCGAGCAAGAGCGGGAUGGGCUCCACACCCACCCCUGGCGCUGGUGGGCCCACACCGCUCAAUACGCCCACCCUAGCCCUCGCCCACUCAAGACGUCACGGCUCCUAUUCCGGGCAAGACGACGACGAGGAUGAGGAUGAGGACGAGUAUUCCUAUUACACGACUCGCGACUCGCGCCGUACUGCCUCGAAUGUAUCAGGCGCCCCGCCUCUCUCGCCCGUCAUCCCGCGUCGCACCUCGGCCACCGGCGCCCUCGUCGCGCCGUCUGGAGCUGAUCGACAGGCAGGCGUGAGGGUGCCACUAGCGGACGAUUUUGUAGAGGAGGACGAAGGCGGCAUCGUGGGCAGGGCCGUCGAGAUUGUUAAUACUGCGAGGGAUUUGAUUGCCGCUGUUUGGCCUACGAGGGGUAGGUGAGAGGGAAGAGCGGAGAGAAAGAGAUCACACGAUUCUCUGCGCUACUCUGCGCUACUCUGCUAGUUUUCGUCUUCUUUGUUUCACGGCUCUUGCGCUUUCUUAUGGUUUCGGUCCGAGCAUAGACUAUCACUUGGCUUUCCAAUUGAGCAACAUCAUCAUCAUCAUCACCAACACCAACGCCAUCAUCGCGUUCUACUCGCUUUCUGCAGUAUCUUCCCCAUUCUCCAGCGAACACUU